CAGAACCCGCGCCGGUGCGCGGCGCCGAAAUAUUUAUCCCGUUCCGCCUCGGGGCACCGAAACAUACCCUGGAGAGGCAGCUCAUUAAUUACUUGAUUAAUCAGCAGCGUUCCCCCUCGUCAUCUUAAUCUAAUCUCCCGUGCUAAUGACUGCCAUGCCCCUUCUUAUACACCACCAACGCCCUGUGUCCAGUACACCCUAGUCCACCGAAGCCACUCCUCUCGCUUGCUAGUCAUGGCGCCUAUCGCGGCGCUGCUGCUCCUGCUCGCCGCCUCCAAUGCCGCGCUCGCCAAGCCCGUGGAGUACCACAGUUUUGUAGCCACACCUCUCUCGCCUCACACGUACACCGCUCCGGCCGCCGAUGCGGACGAGGAUGUCUUCGGUAGCAGCCUUGCCGUGGCGGAGGAGGGCGCCGCCGCGACGGCGGUGCACUUUCGCGUGGUCCAUCGGGACGCGUUCGCGGUGAACGCCACAGCAGUCGACCUGCUCGCGCACCGAUUGCAGCGGGACGGGCGAAGGGCGGCUCAGAUCUCUAAGGCGGCGACCGGGGGCGCGGCCAACGGGACGCGGGGUGGAGGCGGCCGCGGGGUCGCGGCGCCGGUAGUGUCCGGGCUCGCGCUGGGGAGCGGUGAGUACUUCACCAAGAUCGGGGUGGGCACGCCCGCCACCCCCGCGCUCAUGGUGCUGGACACCGGCAGCGACGUCGCGUGGCUACAGUGCGCACCGUGCCGCCGCUGCUACGAGCAGUCGGGGCAGGUGUUCGACCCGCGGCGCUCGAGCUCGUACGGCGCCAUCGACUGCGCCGCACCGCUCUGCCGCAGGCUCGACUCCGGCGGCUGCGACCUGCGCCGCAGGGCGUGCCUCUACCAGGUCGCCUACGGCGACGGCUCCGUCACGACGGGCGACUUCGCCACUGAGACCCUCACCUUUGCCGGCGGCGCCCGCGUGGCGCGCGUGGCUCUCGGCUGCGGCCACGACAACGAGGGUCUGUUCGUCGCGGCAGCAGGGCUCCUCGGGCUCGGCCGCGGCGGCCUGUCCUUCCCCACCCAGAUCUCCCGCCGCUACGGCCGGAGCUUCUCGUACUGCCUGGUGGACCGCACCUCCUCGUCGUCCAGCCCCGGCUCCCACUCCUCUACCGUCACCUUCGGCUCCCGCGCCGUGGGCCCCUCUGCCUCGGCGUCCUUCACCCCCAUGGUCAAGAACCCCCGCAUGGAGACGUUCUACUACGUCCAGCUCAUCGGCAUCAGCGUGGGCGGCGCGCGCGUGCCCGGCGUCGCCGAGUCCGACCUCCGCCUUAACCCAUCCACGGGCCGCGGCGGCGUCAUCGUGGACUCCGGCACCUCCGUGACCCGCCUCGCCCGCCCCGCCUACUCCGCCCUCCGCGACGCGUUCCGCGCCGCGGCGGCCGGGCUCCGCCUCUCCCCGGGUGGUUUCUCGCUGUUCGACACGUGCUACGACCUCGGCGGCCGCAAGGUGGUGAAGGUGCCGACCUUGUCCAUGCACUUCGCCGGCGGCGCCGAGGCGGCGCUUCCCCCCGAGAACUACCUGAUCCCCGUGGACACGACGGGCACCUUCUGCUUCGCGUUCGCGGGCACCGACGGCGGCGUGUCCAUCGUAGGCAACAUCCAGCAGCAGGGGUUCCGCGUGGUGUUCGACGGCGACGGCCAGCGCGUCGGCUUCGCGCCCAAGGGCUGCUGAGAUCUUCUGAGAGGAAGGCGCGGCGCGGCCGCGCGGGCGUGAUUAAUUAAUCAUUAGCUGGUAAAAGAAAUGCGCCUCCUUAUUAUUAGUCAUAAUCAAUGGAGGUUUGUUUGGCUU